AUGGCGGCACUCUCGGCCCCAAGGGCCAUGGUAGCACCCCACCAGCACCAACCACAGGGACCCUCCACCCUCGUCACAGAUAAAAGUACCUCAUCCUCUACCUUUCGCCCAAACCAGUUCCAGUCCCUAUCGUCGCCUCGCGAAUAUAGUACCGACCUUACUGAAUCAAUUGUCCUAGAAGAAGGUGGUGAAUCUGGAAGCGAAUCCGCCGCCGAACCCGUUACACCUAUUAGUGGUCGCCAGUCCCAGGACUUCACCCUUCAGAGCCAGGACCUGCAGGACCUCCAAAAUCUGCAGUCUUACCAGACAGCUUCAGCCACAUCUUCAGGAGUUGUACCUAUCGCGAUCCCCAACUCGGCCAACCCCAACAAAGGAACAUAUAUAUCACAAUCCGUAAAUAACAGCCGCCCUCCUACUACCUACGAACCAAGUACUCCCAGAGCAACAGAACCUGAGCCAGGCAGUUCUCUCACCCGUCAGUCAACCCGAGGUUCCAUCUCCACCUCGAGUUUCAAGCGCACCAUGUCGAGCUUCUUCCGCCGAUCUAAUUCCCAUGUUAAAAACGAUUACAUACCUUCGGAAUCUGCAACACCCUCCGUCGUGUCCGCACCAACGGAGCCUCAAACAAAUGGCCAACCACGUGCUGCAGCUCGCCGUCGUUUCUCCAUGAACCGCUCUUCUGCAACUACUCGUUCCAACUCACCCCCUUCGCCUAGCGACAAUGGAUUGGAAAUGGCUCCCGCACACCGCGAGCGUGCCUCUGACAAGUCUCUUCCCAGCCAAGGAGAUUUCAAGAAGAACCGUGCAUCGACUGGUCUGACUCUGCGUGGCCGAGCAAUUAACUUCGUUGGCGCUCACAACCCCAGCCGAGGAACCGGACAUAAGCGUCCUGAAUACUCCCGCAGAGCCAGCAGCUAUGACGGUAGCCGGCCUAGCACCCCUCUCCCACCUCCUGCGGAAGGCGACGAGACAAUGUAUCCACCUGAACGAAGUGUCUGGCCUCUACCACCAGACUCCGGUACCGGUGCCAAGGCUCGACGCAUGAGUUUGAGCCUUCCUGAUGAUUUCGCUGUGGACGUAGCUGAGCUACAGAACGAAUUCGAAUACCAGCGCAAGUUCCUCGGCCGUCAUGGCAAGCAUCUUGGCAAGGGAGCGGCUUCUAAGGUUACCCUCAUGAUGCGAAAAGGUUACUCAGAAGAGCUCUACGCCGUCAAGGAGUUCCGCGGCAAAUCGCAUCGGGAAAGCCAACAGGACUACGAGAACAAGAUCAAGUCAGAGUUCAGCAUUGCGAAGAGCUUACAUCACCCCAAUAUUGUCGAGACUUUCCGCCUAUGUACCGAUCACGGGCGAUGGAACCAUGUCAUGGAAUAUUGCUCGGAAGGUGAUCUUUUCAGCUUGGUCUCCAAGGGUCAUCUCAAAGGCGAUGACCGGAAGAAGGACCGCAUGUGUCUCUUCAAGCAGCUUAUUCAAGGUGUCCAUUACUUGCAUGCCAAUGGCAUUGCCCAUCGUGACAUCAAGCUUGAGAAUCUUCUGAUCACCAAGGACAGUAAGCUCAAGAUUACCGAUUUUGGUGUAUCGGAAGUUUUCUGUGGUACUCACCCCGGUCUUCGUGAAGCUGGUGGACAAUGCGGCCGUAACAUGAGCGGCGAGAUCCGACUUUGCUCACCUGGCAUUUGUGGAAGUGAGCCUUACAUCGCUCCCGAGGUCCUCGCCAAGAAGGAAAGCUACGACCCUCGAUCACUCGAUGUGUGGAGUUCUGCGAUUGUCAUGAUUUAUCUCACCUUUGGCGGCGCCAUCUGGUCCCGCGCUGUCCCAGGAGAACUCCAUUAUGAUAAGCUUGUCAAGGGCUGGGAAACAUGGUAUGGAAAGCACCCAGAGCCCGACGCCACUAUCUCUGAUACGGAUUACCCCAAAUGCUACGCCCUCGAUGUGGGCAUGUCCCCACCUGCUCUCCGCCGUCUUGUGCUACAGAUGUUGAACCCUGAUCCGCAAAAGCGUAUCAGCAUCGAGGACGUCAUCCAUAACCGCUGGCUGAAGAAUGUCGAGUGCUGCCAGCUGGAGUCCUACGAUGACCCCGCUCUUCUCAUUGAUGCGACCAAGAAGGACAACACAGCAAACGGCAACAAAAAGAUCUUUUGCCACAACCAUCUACCCCCGAAGGGCACUGGCUCACACUCGUUGGGCAAGAUGCCAGGCCAGCCGGGCUACUAG